AUGUCGGAAGCGUUCAAUGGCGUAAUGAAGGGGGCCAGGUCACUCCUAAUCACUUCAUUGGUUAGGAUGACAUUCUUCCGGGUUAACGAAUACUUUGCCACAACGAGGGAUUUAGGGAGAAACAGAUUAGACAAUGGACAUGUGUAUGCCAAGAAACCAACUGAUACGAUUGAUAAGAAUGCUGACAAAGCACGCUUUCAUGAUGUUAGGAUAUAUGACACAGUGCGAGGGAUAUUUGAGGUCACCACUGGUUGUGGCAACAGGAUAGCAGGAAAAGGUGGAAAAUCCUACAUGGUUGACCUCACAGUAACAUCAUGCUCCUGUCAGAAACCAACCAUCUUCAAGUUACCGUGUUCACAUGUUCUUGCAGUAUGUCGAGCUCGUAACAUAUCGUACGAUGCUUUUGUGGACCCUUCGUUUCGCACUACAAAAUACGUAUUGACAUAUAAGAAGACUUUCAUGCUUGUUCCAGACAUGUUCACCUGCGAUCCUUGGAACGGUCCUACAGUUGUUCCAGAUCCCUCAACGAAGCGUGGAAAGGGUCAUCCGCGAUCAACUCGUAUACGGAACGAAAUGGAUGCACCGUUGACGUGUCCUCGUAACACGUGUAGCUUUUGUGGAUUUAGUGGUCAUAAUAAGAAAACAUGCCCUCGAAGGUCAACAAACGAUCAUGGCGAUGCCGGGCCUAGUUUAUCCAUCAGUGCUUACGCUUCAGGCAACAUACAGGAGCAUAGCUGCGUGGGAGGGCUCCACUGCCCAAUCGGUUACUCGUCAGCACUACCAGGCGAGUACGUUACAUUGGGAGGUGGAUAACAGGGUAUUAGAGGUAGUCGAACUAGUCAGACCACAAGAGGUCGCCAGCGUUCAUCUACUCGAAGUCAGUCUUCCAGAUCGCCAUCGACAUCCGGUACUAUGUCACCAUUCGCUCCUCCAACUUCCAUCACCACUCCUCCUCCACAUCCAUCGCCUCCGCAAAGGAUCAUCACAUAUCAGCGUGCUAGUCAACGACGAGCUCCUGCUCUUAAUGUCAUUGUGGAGGUUGACGAGUUCACACCAUCAUCAUCCACCGGUGCGCAAAACAAAAGGGGCCGGGGGUUGUAGUUUAACAAACUUUGUAUAUUCUUAUAUGAUUUGAACUUCUUGUAUGACUUUCCAUGAUUGUAAUAUAU